AUGAAUAAUACAAAUUUAGAUAUUGUUUGCAGUUCCACACCCAAUCUUACUGAAUUACCUAUACUUAUCAAUGAAACACUUCAAGCAAGUGUUACUCAACUACGUGUUAGUUCAUCAACACCUGGUACUCAUGGUCCUCUUAUAACAUUACCAACAAAUAUGUGUUCAUCAUAUCCAAAUAUUGCUAUACUUGAUCUCUCAUCAAACGCUAUAACUGGUUUGUUAAAUACAUCUGAACUGGCUUGUUUGGGUUCAAAUUUAAUUGAUAUUGAUAUUUCAAAUAAUUACAUAAAUGAAACUGAUUUAAUUUUUUUUCAAGCAACUGAUCAAUUACAAUCAAUAAAUCUUUCUCAGAAUAAUUUAACAACCAUGCCUACGAUUGAUGCAGAAACUUUUGUUAAUUUUCCUUCAACAAUUAUUUUAAUGAAUUUUAGUUAUAAUCAAAUAAUUAAUACUGACCUUUGGCCUUUAUUUGUUAAAACUCAAAAAUAUAUGGCUAUUGAUAUGAGUAACAACCUAAUCAUAAAUUAUACAAAUGAAGUUCCAAUAUAUGUUAAACAAUUUACUGAAACUCCAGAUCCACGUAAUUUUUAUUUAGAUAAUAAUCAGAUUGAACGUUUAUCUGAUAUUUUACUUGAACAGUAUGGUGCAUGUUCAACAAUUAGUUCACUAAGUACAGCUUAUUUUCUAGUUGGCAUAUCAAAUAUAUUAUUAACAAAUAACCCUUUAAUAUGUGAUUGUGAAUCAUAUUAUUUAGUAACAUUUAUUAAUGAUCGUUUAAGUGAUUUUCCAGACAUAAAGAAUGGUUCGGCUCUAUUAACACAAGCAGUAUGUAAAUCACCUGCAUCAACUGAGGGGCAAAAAUAUAUUUUUUCAAAUGCUACUACACCAGAUUUAUGUAAAAAUUAUGUAUUACCAAAUAGAACAGAUACUUUUUGUUCUGUUUAUACAAAUGAAACCAGUUUAACAUUAUCACCACCAACAUAUUGGACAAGUUCAACAACAAUAUUAACAACAAUUGUUAAUGGAAAUGAGACAACAACUAAUUCGAGUGGAGGAAAUGACUCUUCAGGAAAUGGUGGUACUAAUACAGAUGGUUCAUCAAAGUCUACAUCACCAUCAUGGUAUAUUAUUUUAGGAAUUGUACUUGGUCUUGCACUAAUACUCUUUUUAAUUGUACUCGGUGGUUAUCUAUGUAAAGAUCGAUUAUUUCCACAAAACUAUCAUUCAAAAUUAUCAAAUAAUGGCAAUAAUUCUUAUGAAACAAUUAUUCGAAAUAGUGAAGUAUCAUCACAAACAACUUUGCCAUUAAAUGGUCUUAAACCACGUCGAGCUUCAAUGUCAACAUCAACUUGUGGUGUUGAUGAUCAAGAUAAUGGAAUGCUUCAAUUGAAUGAUCGUGCAUCACUGAAUGCUUGGAGUGAUAAAAUAAAUCCUGAACAAGAAACUCAAACUUGUUUUCAAAUAGUUCGUACAAAACCACCUAGUGGUGUAACACGAAAUCCACAAAAUAUUAGAAAAACUAAUAGUCUUCGAAGUUCAUAUCGUGAACGUAAAUUAUCAUUAUCAACUUCAACUGAUGUUGCUACAAAUACAACAAAUGUUGUUAAAGGUAUUCCAAUUUCAUCAAUAUCAAGUAAAAUUUCAUCAGUUUCUUCAAAUGGUAAUCAUACAAUGUCUAAUACAAGUACAUCUGAAUUAAGUAUGACAUCAAUUCCGCUAACACCAUCAAAACGAGCUAAACUUUUACCACAAGUUAAAAAUGGAAUUUAUGUUGAUUUAGAAAAUAAUAAUAUAUUGAAUACAUCAGCAGGUGCACUCGUUACUAAUCAAAGACAAAGACGUCGUAGUUCAAUGUGGUUACGUAAACAACAUCAAAAUACAAUAACACCGCUAUCUGUACGACCACAAUCUAUGAUUACACAAAAAAGUAUUUUUGAUCAAGAUGAUUCUACUAAUGAAGAAGUACCUUCAAUAUCAACUAUGGAAAGUUUAUCUAGUAAACCAUCUAAGCCUUUACGAGCUUUACCGUUACUUAAUAUUACAGUUAUACCCGCUUGGAUUGACGAUAAUGCCGAUCAAAAAUGA